CAUAUCAUUGCAUCAAAAGAUAACACAGACGUUAACGUGGACUGGCAGAAAAAAGAGACCCUUAACAAGGGGGAUAAAUACGAAAUUUCUGUACCUUGGAAUAAGACUUCGCUGAUAACCACGUCUAAUCCGAGUCUUGUUGUGCAAUACACCAGCGGUGCUGGCAGCUCGCCAUCAAUGAGCAUUGUGCCUCCAACAAAGUGCUCCUGGAAUGACUACACAGUUUACGUUCCAGGCGUUGAUGUAUACGUAAGUGUAAUCAUUGACACCGCUUCACGAAGCGGCCUUCGCGUUAAAGGCCCAGUAGCCAGUGGGCCAUUUAAGUGGGAGACUCUUUCAAGGGAACGUUCCCUGGGUUCACUUCAUUUAAACACAACUGGAGUUUAUCAUAUUUAUCAUAAUGACCUUCUUGUCAACUUUACAUCCGUUGUGUACGGAACUUUUUCCGUAGCGAGGUUCUCAUUCCCAGCUGGCUUAAGGUGGGAGUUGCCCAAUGACCAGAGAUGUACAAAUUCCACGAUACAUGGAGGUGAUGGCAUUGACAACGAUUGCGAUGGCAUAACUGAUGAAGAAUUAUUUAAUGGCAAGGACGAUGACAACGAUGGUCAAAUUGACGAAGAUCUGGUCACAGCACGACCGAAUGCUACAUUUCCCAAGGAUUAUCUUUCACCGCCAUUAUUAUCGUGUGAUUCAUCCCCAAAUGUAGACGAUCCUAACCAAGCGGGAUUUUCCCCAACUGUGGUCUCUACUUCGGCUCUUUGCUCCAUACGUGGGGAUGCAGCAAUCCAACGUGACGACAAAAUUGUCAAAUCUGACCCUUGCUAUCGUGAAAUCGACCGAACAUGGAAGGUCAAAGAUGGUUGCGGUAAUGAGAUCAAGCAUGUACAACAUCUAGCUAUUAGUGCUCCAAAUGAUCCAAAGGUGACUUUUCCACCGGAUGUAACCCUCUUUUGUAGAGACAAGAAGUACCUGGAUCCUACAUUUACUGGUGAAGUUUUGACCGAAGUUGAUCGGUGUCGUAGAAAUGUUACCAUAUCCCCCCACAAGGAUACGUUCUAUGGCGAAUGUUCCACCGAGGAAGCUAAAAUAGAGCGAGUGUGGACAGUGAAAGACAAAUGUCGUAGUGACGUCGUAAAGACUCAAGUGAUCAAGCUGGUGCCUAAAGGUUAG